CCCUUGUCUUCUUUUUCUACAUUUAAUAAGCUUCAUUCUUCCUCUUCCACUGGACACAUGGCUUUGGUUCCAGUAUGCUUCAAAAUGUGUUAUGAAGACCAAAUUGUAAACAAGGGAGCAUGCUUCAUUCCUUGUACCACUGAUCAAGAUGUUUUUGGAGGCAUCUCUCCGGUUUCAAAUCACAGAGUUAAGACAGUGCGUUUUUGCUAUAAUUCUGUUGGUAAUUUGAUGAAACCAAAAUACACAGGCAUGGUCAAAUCUGCAAACCAUUUAAGAUCUAUCUCUGCCAGUGCAUCAGAAAGGGAGAGACUUUCCAGGUUUGCAAUAGGGUCUAGUUCCAGAGAGAAGCAAUUGAGAUCACUGGAUUCUUACUUUCGGAAAUCCAAGAAUGAUAGAAAUCAGCCUUCUCCAAGUUCUUUUUAUGAUGACGGAGAUGCACACAGUAGAAGUGCUCAAUCCACCGAUCAAAGGGGACUUGGACCUGUAGGUGAAUCUUUGGGUCAGGUUCUUGAUAGAAGCGGCCAAUUCAACGCAGAAAGGGAACUGUCUUCUGUUGAUGAACAUCUGAAACUCGAUAGAGACCUUGUCUCAUCUGCUACUAAGGAAGAAACUUCCCACCCCACACUAAAUCUUGUCAAGAAUGGGCAAGGAACCCAAGCAGAGGUAGAUGAUCAGGGUGGCUCCAAGAGUGAUUAUGAUGAAACUUCCGGUCUCUACAUAAUAAGCACAAUGGCUUCCAUAAAUAUUGCAGUUUAUCUGUUUGAAAUUGCAAGUCCAGUAAGGAACUCUGACCUGGAACUCUUUUCAAUUCCAGCACUCUAUGGAGCAAAGAUAAAUCAUUUGAUCUUAUACGGAGAAUGGUGGAGGCUACUCACAUCAAUGUUUCUGCACACAGGGAUUGUUCACAUCGGGCUUGGUUGUUGGGUGCUGCUCACAUUUGGUCCUCAAGUUUGCAGGGUGUAUGGUCGGUUCACCUUUUUCUUGAUAUACAUACUCGGUGGACUCUCGGGGAACUUCACCAGCUUUCUUCACACCCCUGAUCCAACUGUUGGUGGAACAGGACCAGUUUUUGCUAUCAUUGGAGCUUGGCUGAUCUAUCAAUAUCAGAACAAGGAUGCAACUGGGAAGGAUGUUUAUGAAAACAUGUAUCAGAAGGCAAUCCUUGCUACAGCACUGGGCUUUGUUUUAUCCUCUUUUGGUCCAAUUGAUGAGUGGUCGCAUUUCGGCUCAGUGUUCACUGGCAUAGCUUACGGCUUCUUUACAUGCCCCACACUACAAAUAGACGAUUCAUCGUCUCAAAAAACUGGGAAAGAUGAUGGGAUCAGACUCAUAGGACGAAAUGUGGAUCCUUGUAAAUCACUUCUGUUGUUCUCCAUUUUUGUUCUGGUCCUGAGUUCUUUGUUUAUCAUUACUGAACCUCCCCUGGGUUCAGUAGCUUUAGACACCCUUCUGUGAUAUCCACACCAAAAUAGUAUAUAUACACAUAUACAUGCAUAUAUAUAUAUGUAGAUAAAUAGUAUAUAUACACACAUAUACAUAUAUGUGUCAUGUGUGUGUGUAGUAUACACCAACAUAAAGAUAAGCUCUACUAUACUAAAAAUGUAGUUUGGUUGUUGUUUUACGUGGUCUUCUAUGUAAUAUAUAUGAAAUGUAAUCCUUUUUGGUUGCUUUAAUCGAAAAAGGUGCUAUUGGUGCAAUUCUAUCUCAUUUUGCGCUUGGGUUUUGACUGGAAUGACGUGGCUCCGAGUAUGUGUAGGUGGACUAUGUGCAUGAAGUCCACAUGUAUGAUGUGAAGAAAGGCUGUCGUUUCCUAUUUAUGAAUAAAGUUAGAGGAAUUUCUACUUUUAGUGUUUUCUACAAGGUUCUAAACGUUUCUGAACAACCAAUUGAAUCUUUUGGGGGACAACUUGUUAUACAUUAUGUGUUAUAGGUUGUACUUUGAACAUACGAAUCAUCUUCAACAAACAUUUGGGCAUGGAGUAGUUGUUAAUUUACCAGAUAGUUUAGAUCCACCCAAAGCUUUCUUUCCCUUCAAUUCGACAUCAAGGUCUCUGAAAUCGAAGACUUAACAAUGGAGGUGGGGAAGAUUGGCAGAGGUUUAAUGGUGCCAAUGUUGGCUGCCAACUUUGUAGUGAACGUAAUCGUCAUCGGACUUGCCGGCUGGUCUCUGGAUAAGUACAUCGACGGCGAACAGAACCACCCUCAUUUGGGAGGGAAUCCAUCAACGACGUACAUGUUGGAGUUUGGAUUACUUGGAGGUGCAAUCGGAAUGUGUUCGUUGGCGAUGGGGUUGAUGCAUCAUCGAGCUUGGCGUAGUGCCAGUUUGGCCAGUGCUGCUUCUUCGGCAUUCAUCUCUUGGGCGAUUACUGCUAUUGCUUUCGGGUUUGCUUGGAAGGAGAUCAAAGUGGGAGGACGAAGAGGAAAACGUUUGCAAACACUGGAAUUGUUCAUAACUAUAUCGACGUUCAGCCAGAUGCUGUAUCUGAUGCUUCUUCAUGCCGGAAUAUUUAGCCGGAAAUAUGGACCGGAUUAUCUCAGCUACAGGGACGAUGUCGUUAUCCACCGUGUUCCCACCCAUUCACCGUCCCGGCCCACCACAUCGUCUGCCGACUAACAAUAGAUUCCAUAUUGAACGACAACUCUGUUGUACAUUCUAUCAGAUGGAAGGGGUGUGAUUCGGGGGUCUGGAUUCUAUAUUGUUCUUCCUUGAAUGAAAUGUAUAAUGUUAAUGAUUAAAAAAUGAUAUGAUUGUGAGAAAUCAUCAAGUAAUUGGAUUCACAAAACAAUAUGAAAUUGGGCGAAAAUCAUGUAAGAAAGAAUGUUAUGACGAAUAAUGUAAAAAAAAUAUGAAUCAUAGAUAACUUUUAAUCU